AUGGACUCUAACCGCCACGCCUCUCUGGAGGGCAUUGGCGCAUGGGCAGGCAUUGAUCCGGUUACAGCCUGGUGUGACGUAUCCCAGCGCCUUCCACAUACCCGGCCCACCCAGGACAUUUGCUCCUCAGCCCAUCGUCACUACAGCAUCACCCUGAUGCAAUAUCUCAACCAACCCGAGCGGCAGGAGCUGAUAAUGCUCACUUCACUGCCAAAGGACCAGAAAGCCCGCGGGCCCGCCGUCAAGGAUCGCCGCUGGGCCAGCAACGCGGAGAUGGUAAGAGUUGCAGACGCUCCGCCACACUCGCCAGGCAGACCACCCGCAGCAUCGAGUGCCACCGAACGGGGAGAACUGUGCUCGACAUAUGGCGGUGCUUCCACAACAACUCUCAAGCAUCCGGCUCCCUCAUCCCAGGAUCCGAUUUCUGAAUCUGCUACGGCGACGGCAGUUGCCGGAGAGGCCGAGGAUAUAGGGGAGAGACUCCGGGCAGCUCGCGCGGCUCAAGAGCAUGGAAGGCCCAGAACGGUGAGGCGCUUGCGCUUCUGCCGGGUGGUGCUCAAGAUAUGGGGGUUUAGCCCCUUUUUCGAGGAUGAGGUGUUGUAG